AUAUGAAUCUCAACUCAAACUCAAAGCCAACCUCACCUCCUCCACCCGAACGUUAAAACCGCCCUUUUCUCUCUCUCCAUUCCACUUCCAAUAUAAAAACUCUCCUUUCCCGGCGAUUUUCCAAAACUCCACAAUUUUCCCGAGAAACAAACAGAAAGUUUGUGAUCAUUGAUCAAGCUCUCUGGUCAUAAUUCAAAUGGUGUAUUCUGUCGACGGAGGAGAAGAAGUGGCUAUGGCGACGAUGAGAACUGAUAAACCUCCGCUUCACAAUUUUAAUCUGCCGUCUCUUUUAAAGUGGGGGAAGCAACGACACCUCCGCUGCAUGAAAAUUUCGAACUCCUCGGAGACUGAUCGGAAUUUAGUAUCGUCUGAUUUUCAUAUACGGAGGAGCAGUCGCUCUCCGCCGGAGAAAGCGGUGACCGUCGCUCAGUCUGAUUACCGGAAAUUUAAGAGACCUAAAUUGAGAAGUGAUGAGGAGGAGGAAGGGAUUGAAGAAGUUCGAGAGAAGCUGAUGUUUGAUUUUAAAGCGGCGGCUGAUAAAAUGAAGGAUCAGAUUUUUAAUAAGAGACUAAAUGAUGACGUGGCGGAGACGGCGACUGUUAGUACGGCGGCGGAGCAAGAGGCGAGGCCGUGGAAUCUGAGGAAGAGAAGAGCGGCGGCGUGUAAAGGAGUUAGUAAUCCAAUUCUUGGUAAUGGUAAUUUUAAUAACGGUCAUAAUUACUCUCCGGUGAGAGGCGACGCCGCCAAAUCUCCUCGGCGGCUGAGGGAAAAGGAAGACGAUAGGAAUGCGUCCGCCGCCGAGCAGGAGGUGAGGCCGAAAUUUGCGGUGGCGAUGUCUAAGAAGGAGAUCGAGGAAGACUUUAUGGCGUUACUGGGCCAUCGGCCACCUCGGCGGCCCAAGAAGCGUCCCAGGAAUCUUCAGAAACAGUUGGAUUCGCUGUUUCCCGGAUUGUGGUUAUCGGAGGUCUCUGCUGAUACAUAUAAGGUGGAAGAGGCUACUGAUAAUAAUGGCAAGAGAUAGUUAUUUGAAUGGUGGACACUUAUGACAAGUUUCAAAAGUUCAUGGCUUUUGUUUGAUGACUGUAACUUUCAGACUAACAAGUGAUUUGCCGAAGCAGCCGACCGAUCUUCGUGAGUUAAGGAUUUAAUGAAGUGAUUAAUAUCUUGGUCACUCAUUAAGGUGUAAGUUGAGUUGCUUUGAGAUGUUGAUUUUGUUCUUUUUAAUUUUAAAUUCUUUCUUUUUUUUUGUCUCUAUAGUAGAAUAACGUGAAUGUAAAGAAAGGGCUGCCUGAUGUUCUUAGUUGAGAGGUAAUGCCUUGUUCUGUCAUCUAUGUUCUUGCUUCUGACACUGCCGAUUUGGCUUGGAGUUGAAGUUAAUGAAUCGGUUCUUCAUCGUUGCUUGUUUA